CUACCUCGAAUGAGGCGGAGCCGGCGCCCGCCCGGAGGAGCAGGAGGAGGAGGAGGAGAGGUCGGAGCCGUCUCCAGGAGCCCUUAGAGACAGAGUCCCCGGCAGCGGCGGUGGCGGCAGGGGAAGCGCACCGGCAGAUUCAUUCCAUCACCUAAAACCCGAUAACGGUGGGCCACGCAGAGUCUUACUGACUUCAAGUAGGAACCAUAACUGAAGAUGUCAAGCAAAACCGCCAGCACCAACAACAUCGCCCAGGCCAGGAGAACCGUGCAGCAGUUAAGGAUGGAGGCCUCCAUUGAAAGAAUAAAGGUUUCAAAGGCAUCAGCAGACCUCAUGUCCUACUGCGAGGAGCAUGCCAGGAGUGACCCUCUGCUGAUGGGGAUACCAACUUCAGAAAACCCUUUCAAGGAUAAAAAAACCUGUAUCAUCUUAUAGAGGAGCAGUGAGGCGGUUCCUCCCCUGUUCUCACAAAGCAAAGUAUGAGCAGCUCCUUGAAAAGAUUGACCCUUCAGCUUAUUUGGUAACCACUGCUAAUAACUAAAACGCUCUUAACUUGGAAUCAUGGACUCUGAAGUCUUUAUUUUCCAAGUUGUCCUCUCUCUAAAAUACCCUUUACUAAAUUAAUACAGAAUAACAAUCUUGUUUUUCCAUUCAGGUUACUGCUGAAGGAAAGUUGGUCUGGCCUUUUAAAAAAAAAACACAAUUAGAUACUUUUAAAUGUAUGAGUGAUCCAGUUAAGACCUAAAUUACCCAAGCACUCAUCUAGAUUAAAAAUGUCAAGAAUAACUUAAGUCCUAAAAACCUUUCUAUCAUAGUGUGUUCUUAAUAGGGUUGUGCCAAUCUGUACAGUAUACAUGGGCGAGGAGUGUUUUGUGUAUAUAUAUAUGUGUGUUUGUAUAUACACAUCUCAAAGCUUGUUUCCUUAGUAAAAUGUCUCUCUCUCCAUAGCAUCAGUUCCUCAACUCCAGAAGUUAUACCUUUAUCCUGAGCUAUGUGUAGGCAGAGUUAAACCCUUUUCUUGUAGUUACUGUACAAAAAGUAAAGAACACCCUAAAGUUUGUAUUCAUCGUGAUUGAGUAAUGAAGUCCUCUCUCUCCUUUUGAAAUCUUGCUGACCUCUUAGGCUACAAUAAACUGUGCCAAUUAACAUUUAGAAACUGAACUAAAAGCCCUUUGAUAAUAGGAGGUAUUAGCUCACCAAGGGCUCUCGGGCUUCAGUGAUCCUGAGUCCAGAAGCAGGGAGGAGGCCCUUGGGGAUCCUCUGGGCAGCUGUGCGCCAGGGCGCCCAUUCUCUGCGUCGUGGUAGACACCUCUGAAAGCUCCGCUCGAAUGAUGGGAACAGAGCAGAAGUGCGUGAAAACCAGCUGCUCUCCUUGGCCUCACUUUGUGGUUUAGCUCGCUUUCUCCGCCUGCCUUGUGUCUUUCCUCUGCUGCCAGAACCUCUGUCUUCAGAGGUAAUGUUCCCCUCCCCAGCCCCAGGUGGGUGGAAUGUGGUGGGAGAGAAACAUACAAAGAACGUAAAGGUAUCAAGACACUUAAGCUCUUUUCAGAGCUCUGCAGCAUCAGCGUCCUCCCUACCUUGUCCACACGCCAUCCGAGAGAGCCUUGGGUUCAGUGGUUCACUCCUUGGGCCCGUGGGGUCCAGCAGGGGGGUGUCAGGUACCUUGUUUUCCUCUGGGCAUGAAUAUUGCCCUGACAUAGCCUCAGAAUUUCCAGUGGGGAAUCCCAAAAGAAGGCAUCUCCUAUGGCCAGAGGGAGGGUAUGUUAACUUGACCAAAAAGGAAGAGAGGGUCCAUCUUUUUAAAUCCUCAUGUACAAGCCCAAACCAUACACCAGGCCUUUGAUAUUUUAAUUCCUCUUUAGUUCAUUAAAAAUAACUACUAAUGAAGGAUUAAAAAUUUAUUCUCAAAAAGGAUUCAACCCCAAGAAGGAAUUAUUUGCAACGGUUUUUCCUUGUUCCAUACACUCCCGCCCUACAGUACAAGCUCCCUUUAAAAUCUAACGGGGCUUCGAGUAUUAUGCUGAUUGUGGGUGAAUAAAUGCAGUACUGUCCUUAAAGUGCUCAAAUAUAUUCAGUAUUUCUCCAAGUCACCUAUCCUCUCAGCAUUGUGAAAUGGCCUCCCUCUUCCAAGACCGUGUAGGAAUCAUGCCACUGCCCUUAACCUACUGUCACCUACUGCUUGGUUCUGCAAUAUGCCCAGUUUCCGAGUAAAUUACAGGCACUUGUUGGAGAGAGAGGUUUUUCCUUGCAAAAGGUGAAAUUUGAAAUGUACAUUAAGAUAACUUUACAUUUAAUGCAUCACUUAAUGAGACAUUCUUUUUAAUAAGUAUAUUUUUCUACUGAUAGUUUCAGAACACUAAUCUUACCUUCACUCUCAUUUUUACCAUGUUUCUUUAAAUAUUUAUAAUGCAGCUUGUUAUAAAAUAUUUUCAUGAAAUUACUUUUAUUAUCCUGUUAAUGUACACAUUUUUGGUAGCAAACAUAGUUUAUUCUUUAGUACUAAAACAUGAUCUUUUACCUAACAGAAAACAAGUAUGUUUUGCUAUAUAUCUGUUAAUAUGCUUAUAGUGGUAAGGAAAGGACUUGAGGUCCCAGGAGAUUUCAUUUUCAUUUUUGCUGGCCAGAUCCUGUAACGGCUGUGCCUAUGAACAUCUUGUAACUUCCUAACUGGGUAUAGGGCAUGCUAAAGAAAAGUGAAAUCAAAUCCUUUGACCCUGGAUCCAAGGAGGGAAAUAAUUGUAGCUAAAUGUUGACUUACUUAUAAUGAGACGUCUAUGUGAGAAAAAUAUAAUAUAUGUAUACAUAUAUAUGAUAUGCGGAAGUCACUUUUAUUUAUCAGGCUUCAUUCUACUUGUGAAGCCUCUGUUUAACUGUCCUGCAGCAGCUGGUUUAGGAUAAUGAUGGACAAAUGCCCAGUGUGUUAUUUUCUCCAACCACCACUAUGCUGACACAAUCCCUGAUGUACAUGCAGCUUCUUGGCUUCAUAUCUAUGAAGCUAUUUACGUACGUUCACUAUACUUCGCCUUUAACCCUGCUUCUGCUAACAGUGAUCUCUUUUUCCAUUCUUAUAUCUUCAUUAGUUCAUCAUAAAUCUGUCCAAUUGAGGCCUCAGGACCAUGGCAAGAUAUGCUAGAUAGAAUUUCCUGACUCCAAAGUAUUUUACAGAAACUUUUUUUUUAAAUAGAGAAAAACACUUUCUAUACCAGGUGGUUCACAAGCUGUAGGUUGUAGCUACUUUUUUUCUAAAAAGGAUCAGGUUUUUAACACUUCUUCCCCCUAUUAAAAUGAAAAGUGCCAUACUUACCCUUUAAAGGAAAGACCUGAUUUGCUUUCUAUUUGGACUAUUUUUCUACUUCACUAAUCUUUAAACUAUCAGGAAAAAAAUUACACCACUGAUUUAGUAAUUUUGAGGCAUAGGUUAGUUUAGAUAGUGGAAGAUGUGCCAAACUUUCCCUUCAGAUGCCUUCUUUUCAACCAACGUGCAACUAAGUGUCAUCUGAGUGAUCACUCCAAAUUUUGAUUUAAGAUCUAUAUAGGCCCAAGAAGUGAACCACAGUACACGUCAGUCCUUUCUCCAUAAAUGUAACACCAGCGUGUGUUAUGAAUUGUACUGACUUCUUUUAUGGUAGAUCUGUUAAUAGGAAAAAAUGCAUUAAGUCAAAUAGAACUAUCUGUAUGUUAAAAUAAAGUAUGUACGUAGAGUUGGGUGGCCUGGAUCGUUGUCUAGACAGUCCUGUGCCCCUGUGCCAUGUGACUGAACGAGGCAGUGCGUCUCCCUGGGCUCAAUUUCACCAUCUGUAAAACAACAGGCUUUAGGGAGAUAAUGGCUGAGAUCCUUCCUGUCCGUCCAACUGCCCACCCCUCUACUGGUCCUGCCAACAUGUUGGUGCUAUAAGCUGCUUCAAGUCUGAAAUUGGUUUGUCUAUUGUGUACGCUCAUUUAAUAGCUUAUGAAAGGCCUUUUUGUUACACGGCUUUUUUUUUCUAGUUUUAUGGACUUGAUUACUGUAAUAAUGUCUUGUUUGUAGCCAUGUAACUAUAAACAUAUAUUCUCUUGAUGUCUCAGUAAAUUUGCAUUUGCGAUAUAGUUGAUGGGAUUGUUGUUUUAUAACGUUCUUUGGCUACUCGUCUGUCCCGCAUCUUAUUAACCUAAACAUUGUGAUCAUUGUUUGGAAAUCUGUUCUGUGGAAAGAAUAAAAAACAUUUGCUUCACAGCUAACGUGUCCACAGAUUUUGAAAAGUUUCAUUAAAGCACCGUUGCUCUCUUUA